CCGUACAUCAUGCCAGGUUCAAUCCACAGAUAUUGUCAGCACAGGACAUGCAUGGAGUAGCCCUGAAACAUUCGGCGUUACACCUCUCCGCGCCAGCCUGCCAUCACCGAAAUCAUCAAGGCAGGUGACGCAGGCACAAUUGAGCCUAGAAGAAACGUGUCUCCUUCGAUAUUCCGUCGAGAGUCAGGCGUUAUGGGUAUGUUGUCGUUGCUAGUCUGUCUGUCCAGCCGCUGAUCACGACGUCAUUUCGAUCUCUGUGACCCGGAGCGACAUUUUGCUGUCGUUGUUCCACAAAGAGCGCGCACCUGCCCGCCCCUCCUAGACGCGAUCCUCUCCGCAUCCGCCCGACACUUCAGCACUCUUCCCGAAGAACGUCAACUCGUAAUCACGCAACAAUAUGGCUUGCAAGAGGGUCUCGCAAUUGGCGAGGGUCUAUGCUCGCCUAUCACAGCCGCUCUAUCGCUGGUCUCAGGGCUGCCAGCCACGAACCCAAUGCGAUCAUGGACGAGAACCUGCUUGCAGCGAUGGUGAUUCUUCGGUUCUAUGAAGAAUUCGACAGCCCUUUCAUCGAUCCUCCAUCCUCCACCGCCAACCGCGGUCUUCAGGUCUUCCUCGAAGCGCAAGCCUCGUCCGCGGUGCAGACAGCGAACGGUCUUCGCUCCUCCGCCUUUUGGGUCGGCUUCCGACAGGAAUUCCAUAUGGCUAUCUCCCAGCGAAGGCCCUUCCGUAUACCUCGGACCACAGUAGCGCAAUACCUUCCCACGCAGUCCUCUCCAGACCACGUCUGGGUCAACCAUCUGCUCGUCAUCGGGGCGCACAUCAUCCAAUAUUGCUUCCCGCCUGCCCACCACCCCCAACAAUCGCCGGACGAGAGAUCAACCAGCUACGAGCGUCUCCUUACCGUCCGGCAAAACUGGGCCUCCAGCGCACCGUCCACCUUCACACCCAUCUACACCACCCCAGCCUCACCGUCCGAGGGGCUCUUCUUCCCGCAGCAAUGGUUUCUCAACGACACGCACAUCGUAGCCACCCAAUCGCUCGGGCUGAUCAACCUGCUACUGGCGACACACGAUCCGCACGUCGACCGGCUCCGGCCCCCGGUGUCGCAUCGACGGGCGCUCGCCGUGCUGGACGAGUCCGCACCACGGUGCGGGUGAUCUGCGGGGUGGCGGUGGCCAACCGGCAGGUCCAACGGCGGCGUUGACGGCGAGUCUGGCGGUGGUGUUGGGGGCGGAGGCGUUCCGGGAGGUGGCGCAGGCGGAGCGGGCGACGUUGAUCGGGGUGGUGCGGGGGAUGAAGGCGGAGAGCUACUACUUCCCCGGGGAGGACAUGGAGGGGGUGAUCUUGGGAAUGUGGGGUGGGGUUUGAUUCGAGGGAUAGUCACAGCACAUUCCUGGGUUA